AUGCUUCUCAGAAGAUCAACAAUCGUUGGAACGGUCUCACUAUCACUUCGUCUUAAAACUCGUUAUUUUCAGCAAACUACAACCAGGUUUAUAUCAGUACUAACUAUGGCUGACAAAACUGAAAAGAAGCCUUUUGAACGGCUGUCUACAAAUGUUGUGCCUAAAAACUAUGCUUUGAUUUUGACACCUAAUCUGAAAGAUUUUACCUUUGCUGGGGAGGAAGUCGUUGAACUCGAGGUAGAGAUAUCAGUAGAUAGAUGUUUUACAGCUGUGAUCUUGCAUGAUUCUGUAAAAUAAAUCAUUUUGUUUUAUUUAUUGAACAUCUGAAUUGUACAUGUACUUGUGUUUGUACAUUAUCUUAGUUUUGAAACUACCUGAGUCAGCAAUUUUCAAGAAUCUGAAAAGUUGCCUGACUGCGGUGGGAAUUGAACCCGCAACCUUUGGUUUGUAGUCCAAUGCUCCACCAACUGAGCUAUGAGGUCAAGUCAGUUCAGGCAAGUGAUAUUUCAGAACUUGUUCAAGUAGAGUUGAACCAGUUGGGGUAGAUUUUUUCGAGACAGUUUAGUUUUGUCAAUAUAUGUAUAAAAAUAACUUACCUGAGUUCUAUAAACACUACAAUCAUAAUAUUUAAGAUAUUGUUAUAUAUACAGAUAACAAAGUAGACUAAGUUUUGAAAUAUCACUCACUCAAACUGGUUUUACCUCAUGGCUCAGUUGGUAGAGCAUUGGACCACAAAGGUUGCGGGUUCGAUUCCCUCCAUGGUCACCACAGUAAUCAAAUUUAAGGUUUGGUUGGAUGUAUAGUAUUCUACAUCAAGACUUUCAUUUUUAGGUGCAAACAUCAACAGACAAAAUUACAAUGAACUGUGCUGAGAUUAAUAUUUCAAGUGCUUCAAUCAACAUUGGGGGUAAAGGUAUGGUCAAUGAACUGUUUAAGUAAUUCUAACAUACUAGCCCAAGAGUGUGUCUCAAUCCAAAGUGUUGUCGAGUAAUUGUUGUUCUAUUUUUCAGACAUUGAAAGCAAGGAUAUUAAUUAUGACAAAGAACAAGAGACUGUUUCUAUUCAGUUUCCAUCCAACCUCCAACUCGGAGCAGGCAUAUUGUCCAUGAAAUAUACUGGUGAACUGAAUGACAAAAUGAAAGGAUUUUAUCGCAGCAAGUACACAACACCUGAUGGAGUGGAACGACAUUGUGCUGUAACACAGUUCGAGGUGGAGACUUGUAUUACCCUCAUUUGCUAUCCAAUAACAUAAAAUUAAAAAUUUUUCUUGAUCAUUUCAGGCAGCUGAUGCAAGAAGAGCGUUCCCGUGUUGGGAUGAACCAGCAAUCAAAGCAACCUUUGAUAUUACUCUGAUUGUUCCUAAAGACAAAGUCACAUUAUCCAACAUGGUAUGGCAUCCUCUUCUACUCUCCUAUACCUGUUAUAGUUAUCUACUAGUUGCAGUGUUGUACUCACUUAUUAGUGUAUUCAACCUUGCAGAAUGUGAUUGAAGAGACGGCACAUCAAGAGGACUCAGAGUUAAAGGUCGUCAAGUUUGCUCAAACACCAAUCAUGUCCACAUACCUUCUUGCGUUUGUUGUUGGAGAGUUUGAUCAUGUUGAAGCUCAAGAUAAAGAUGGCGUCCUUGUCAGAGUCUACACCCCUCUGCAGAAAAGCGAGCAGGGGAAAUUUGCUUUAGAGGUACAGCAGUGGUCAAACAAGCACUUUCCUGCAGUAGAUAUUACUGCUCAGUAUAUGAUCAUAACUGCAGUACUGUGGCCGGUUAUAAUGCAAGGUUAACCUAAAAUUAAAAGCAAACUUUCUAACAAGUUGUUUUUAAAACUUGGAAAUAUUUCUUCACAAAUCUUGUCUGGAUGCUAGUAGGAGUUUUCUUUUCUGAAGUUUAGAAUUAAACAGACGUGCAGAAAUACACAAACUAAAACAGCAAGUUAAAUUUUAACCGGCCCCUAUACAAUAUUUUUUAUUGUAUCUAGGUUGCUGUUAAGACUCUUCCAUUCUACAAGAACUACUUCAAAAUUCCCUACCCACUUCCCAAGAUUGAUCUGAUUGCUAUUCCAGAUUUUGCUGCAGGUUUGUUCAAAGUCAUUACUGUAUGAUUUUCAACAGUCAUGAACAUACUUUCUGCUUAUCACUGCAAGCUAAAACAAGAGUUGAUCAAAUUAUGUAGGUGCAAUGGAAAAUUGGGGAUUGGUCACAUACAGGUUUGUAUUUUUAAUCCAGAUACUACUGAACAUUCAAACAGUCCCCCUGUUCUUGUAUAAACUCAAAUCAUAAAGUUGAAGGUGUCACUGUAUAUUUUUCUGUUUUGUGUAGAGAGACUGCAUUACUGGUUGAUGCAACAAACUCUUCAUCAUCAAGUAAACAAUGGGUUGCACUUGUUGUAGGUACUAUACAUUGACCUUACAUUACAGAAAUUGGUUCCAGACAAAGAAGGGUGAAAUUUAUUUUGAAAAAACUACAUUUGACUUUUUCUAGGACAUGAGUUGGCUCAUCAGUGGUUUGGAAAUUUGGUAAGUUAAUUGUAAUCUAUUAUUUUGGACAAUCAUUACAAUGUAUACUUUUUCACUAGUUCUGUAUUAAUGAGCUUGUUUUUAAUUGAUGUUUUUUCUUUGUUUCAGGUAACCAUGGUAAGUUUGGUAACUUGAAGCUGCAAGUUUGUAUCACCAUGUUGUAGACCACGAGUGAUGCCAUUGCUUGUGUGACUUUCAUCAAUUUGGUAUAUUUGCUCAGGUGAUGUAGCUGUACACCCCCAUCAAAUGCUGUCAUUAAUCGAGUGAUGUCAUUGCUCAAGUGAUGUCAUAACUCCAUAGUAACAUCAUUCCUUCUAGUCAUUCAUCUCUUUUAGUAACAUGUACCAUUACUUCUCUUAUGAUGUCAUGCAUUGUGUGACAUUGUUAGCCAAGUGAUAUGAUCCUUUGUGACAUACCAUGUGCCAAGCUGGCUCCCCAUAUGAGCACACUCUCUUAUGCUGGGCUUGUGUGAACAAACCCUUAUAUGUAUAGUAACUCUUCUAGGAAUGGUGGACUCACCUUUGGCUCAAUGAAGGUUUUGCAUCCUGGAUUGAAUAUCUGUGUGUAGAUUACUGCCAUCCAAAAUACGACAUCUGGACACAGUUUGUGACGUCAGAUUACACCAGAGCUCUUGACCUUGACGCUAUGAAAAACAGGUAUACAGUACUCUAGGCACAAUAUACAGUAAACAGGGCCGCCGAGAGGGGGGACAGGGGGGGCAAAUUGCCCCGGGCCCCGAGUUGCUGGGGGCCCCUGAAAAAUUUUUGUUGGGCUCCAGCCUUUUUUGUGGGUUAAAUAUUUCCGUGCAAAGGACAAUAUAUCUGUUUUCUUGGGCUAAGUACCGAAUUUUGGCAUAAAAAAAUGAGAUAAAGUCCCUUGAAAGCAAUUGCAACGUACUUGUCCAGAAAAAUUUUGUACUCCGGAAAAAUUUUUUUACCCCUAAAAUGGUACACUGACCAAAAAUGUUUUGGCAACAGGUUGUUCUCCGGAAAAUUUUUUAGAUAGGGGCCCCUAAGAAAAAUUGGCCCCGGGUCCCCGCCCCGGCCCAACCUCUUGGCGGCCCUGACAGUACAUGUAAAAUAUAAAACAAAAUUCAAAAUUUUGAUGUUUUUUUAUUGUCUUCAUUUACAGCCAUCCAAUAGAGGUAUGAUACAUUACCAGCUUACUGUUCCUCAUGCUAUUUAUAAAACAAUACUCAAGUAUGUAGUUUAAAGAAACAACAAUCAUGUAUAUUUAAUAGGUUCCAGUUGGUGGCCCAGAUGAAGUGGACGAAAUAUUUGACUUGAUUUCUUACUCGAAAGGAGCGUCAGUCAUAAGAAUGUUGCACAAUUACAUCGGAGAUGAGGUGAACACAUGAUGUCCUCAUGCGGUCGUAACAAUGAUGAGUGGAGAAUAAUAUGUUUUUCUUUGCUCUAGGAUUACAAGAACGGACUUAAUCAAUACUUGACCAAAUUCUCUUACAAGAAUGCCAUGACAGGUAAGAAUUGUACAGAAUAAUCUCAGUCAAUACGAGCACCCUAACAAAAACACUGGGAAUAUUCAUAGAGGAUCUUUGGCAAAGUUUAUCUGAAGCAAGUGGAAAAGACGUUGAGAAAGUUAUGCAUUCCUGGACCAAACAGAUGGGAUUUCCUGUUUUAACCGUCAAAGAAACACAGGUAACGAUGAAAUUAAACGUAAUCUUCAGUUAUAGAAUUAAGAUUAUAUUGGUCUAAAUGUAUUUAGAAUCAGAGCUUCUUUCUUUAGAAUGCAGACACGCGUGUCCUAAACAUCACACAAAAGAAAUUCUCUGCGGAUGGACCUUGUGAAGGUAUUUAUCUUAAUGUUACUGCAUCCAUGCAAGAAGUUUAAAUUAACAUUCAUGUUUUUGUUUUAUCAGAGGAUUCAAAAUAUAUCUGGAGUGUUCCAAUCUCAGUAUCAACAAGCGACAGUCCCAAAGAUGCAGUUUCUAAGACAUUAUUGGAAACUGGUUCCUCUGUCAUUGAAAUUGCAAACCUAGCUGCAGAUAAAUGGGUCAAGGUAACCAUUUGGGGUUUUUACCCUUCCUAAGUUUAUAUUUGUCCCCAAGGUACAACUACAAAAUCCCUUCAUCAAUCAUCAUUUUUAAUGUUGUUGUCCAGUUAAACCCAGGUCAAGUUGGUUUCUAUCGUGUUUGUUACUCAAAAGAGACGGUGGAAAAGCUCGUACCCGCAAUUAAAGACCUCUCUCUUCCGCCACUGGAUCGACUUGGCAUUGAGAACGAUCAAUUUGCGCUGGUAAGUGAUUUUGAUGGAUGUUGCUCUUCCUAGAAGUAGAAUAGAGAAAUUAGUAACUAAUUGGUUAAUAAUAGAAUAAUUAGAACAGUUAAUUAAGAGAGUAAUUACCUACUUCUAAUUGCAUUAGUCUAGACCCGAAAUCAGAUUGUACAAACAUAGUUUAUAUCACAUCUAGGCUCGAGCUGGUUACACAAGCACGGUAAACUUCUUGACUGUCGUCGAUGCAUUUACAAACGAACCAAAUUACACAGUAUGGAAUGAUGUAUCAACGAACUUGGGAAAACUUGCGUUGCUUCUUCAGUACACGGACUACAGUGACAGCUUCAAGUCAUUCUUACGGCAAUUGUAUAAACCUAUCGCUGAUAGAUUAGGCUGGGACCCUAAAGAAGGCGAAAGUAAGUGAUCAGAGUGCUAUUGUAAAGCCUGAUUUACACUAUCUAAGUUUCUGUGCCUGUGGUCAAGGUUUUGAAAGAUUUGUAAGAAAUGUUAGUGUUAAACGUUUCUUACACAUCCUUCAAAACCUAUCUAUGCAAAAUUACUACUGUGAUUACAGGAACUUUGAUAGUGUAAACCAGGCGCUUACCAAAACCCAUCAAUCCAGAGUCUUCAAAGCCAUGAUUUAUUUCUUGUCACAUCUGUAGGUCAUCUGGAUGCUCUGCUACGAUCUCUGGUGAUUCGUUUCCUGGGGAAAUGUGGAGAUGACGAGACUGUUGCUGAAGCAAAGAAACGUUUUGAUCAACAUGCAAAAGGCGAAAGUUCUCUCCCAGCUGACUUGAGAUCUCCAGUCUACUCGAUUGUUCUUGCACAUGGCGACCAUGAUACCUUAGCCACGGUCAAGGACUUGUAUCGUAAAGCUGAACUGCAGGAAGAGAAGAUUAGGUUGUUGACAAGUAUGGGUUCUGUCAAGGAAACUGAGUUGAUAAAAGAUGUCCUCAACUUCUCGCUCUCGGUAAGUUUGGAGCGUUUCAGCAUUGCGUUGCGGGAGACACCAGAUGGACUACAGAAAUGUUAACUACAGUACGCUCUUCUCGUUUGCCAUUCGACACUAGAAAAUCCUUUGCUACAAGGUUGAUUCAACAGACUUGUUACAAGUUGUUCCAACAACUUGUUAUCGUCCUGCAAUUCAACAAUUUGUGAGUGACAACCUUGUACUGUAGCAACUUGAUAAAGUAACAGCAUUGUUACAACUUGUUGACAAGCUUGCUACAAGCCUGUUGCGAACACAUCUUGUUGACAAGUUAUGAGAUUUUUACGUAUGUAAUCAACAUUUUUCAAUCUAUAUUUCUUACUAUAGAAAGACGUGCGUUCCCAAGAUAGCGUCUUUUGCGUUGGCAGUACAGUUGGAAGGUUUGUACAGAUUGGAAUAUUUCAAGUCCAAAAAUGAAGACUUAUUUAAGUAUUGUUAUAUUUAGUGCUCUUGGUCGGCGUCACGCUUGGCAAUUCACGAAGGACAACUGGAAAGAGUUCCAUGAUCGUUAUCAAGGAGGAUUUUUACUUUCACGACUUGUCAAGGUAAGCAAGAUACCGAACUAAACAUUCUGUAAGUAAUGAUAACUUUACUUACGUUGGAUAAACUAAGCAUUUACAAUUACUCAGCCAGUAAACGAUGCUAUAAAAUAUUUUGUAUGUUAAGACGAUGGUAAUAACAUUAAAAAAAGUAUAAAGCACACUUCGUGUCUAUAAUAUAUUGUCCUCAUCACUGCUUCAGUAUUUUACAGUUUAUCUAAAACUACUUGAACACAUUUUAACAAUGUUUUCAUACACUUACCUCUUACCACGUGGAAACAAAAUUUUGUGUUCGUCUAGUCAGUACUUGCGUUCUUUCGUAAGUAGUAAGAAUGUUUUACCGGAGCACGAGUUUUGGUCGUUCAUACCCAGUGAAAUAUUAUUUUAUCACAUUUCAUUCCUAGGUUGUAACAGCAAAUUUUGCCAGUAACGAGAUGGCCCAAGAGGUUGAGGUAAACUAAACUAACUUUAUUUAUGCUGGAUAGUUUUAUCAGUUCUAAACUGUUUUUCCAAGAGAUCCAGUAAGAGUUAAGAAUAUUUCAUAGUUUACUUGGUAUUUUUUUCCCACAGCAAUUUUUCAACGAGCACGACGCGCCUGCUGCAGAAAGAUCCAUACAACAGUCGUUGGAAAGCAUCAGGUUAAACACACAAUGGUUGCAACGAGAUGCAGCGGCUAUCAGAGAAUGGCUUAACAACAAGGGAUUUUGAUCUCGAGGAAAUAAAAACAGAAACGAACAGUUUUGUUGAUAUAAACUUUAUCGUAUGUAGUGAGAAUUUCUAAUAAAUUAUUUCUCAAUAAAAUAUUGUGUUGUUUGUAUUCAUUUUUCAGUGGGACAGUUGUACGAAACACCUGCUGUGGCUUGCGUCAAAAAUAACUGUAAAAGAUUAACUUCACUCAAAAUUGAAGCGUUUUUAAUCCUACUAGUGGUAGUUCUGACCCACAAUCACAGCAGCUUAUUGUACAAUACUACCCCCACUUUUCGUUCUUUACAGUUGAAUAAAAACCUAGACGGCCUUGUCUAUAUUCAACCUCGUUCCCAGGCUCUUACCUCUUGUGGAGGAAAGACCCUGGUUGGAGCUGGUCACGUGAUCUGCUAAAAUCUAGCAGAUUUUUAAUUGACGAUGACGUAUAUUUGAUAUUUAACACUUUUGGAAUCCAAGAUAGUUGUUGGUAAUCGUUCCAUGUUUCGCGCACCAAUAUAGUAAACGUUAUGUAAUGGAUAUUAUAGUGUACUGAAAAGUUAACUGGAUACCUCCAUACACGUAUAUACAUACCCUAACCCUAUCCUUAAACCUAACCUAACCCUAAUACCUAACCCUAACUUAUAUUGGUGCGCGAAACAUGGAACGAUAACCAGAUACUUGAUUAGAAAUCUGCUAGAUUUUAGCAGAUGACGUGACCAGCUCCUACAUGGGUCUUUCCUCCACAAGACGUAAGAGCUUGGGAACGAGGUUGGUCUAUAUCGCUGCGACCCUAGGCACGAUUCAUUAUUAAAUCACUAAUUGUCUUAAAUAUUAAGCGAUUAUUUCACAUUCAGUUAUUUGAUUGUUUGUUGCAUCAUAUAAAAUGUUAGUAUAUGUAUGGGUUAUAUAUGUUUAUAAUUACAGUAUGUCUGUAUAUUGGUGUAUGUAAUAAAAUUCUAUAUUUAUAAACUUACCUACGGCUAGAUUAGCCUACUAUUUUUGAGAUAUUGUAUUAGUAAUGCAUACACAAAGCGAUAUUGCUCCACAGUUCGUAUCAACGACAUUCGUUGACUUCGCAACUUCGACAAAACUCUUGCAACAUUGAAAGGCUAUC